CGCAUCCGAUUUAGAUUUCUGAAACCCAACGACUCCGGUUCUUCUGACAUCCGCAUCACUUUCAAAUGCUGGGCCUUGAACACGAGCAGAAGAACCCCAACUGUAAACUCGAAUUCAAUCGUUCCGCGCUGAAGAGAGACGGGUACAAUGACGACAGUAUCGAUCGCGACUAUGGAAAGAGCCGCGUUAUUGGGAAUAGGACAACACCGUAUGACAUACAUUCCAUCAUGCACUACCCCGUCAAGAAGGGACAUACGGUGAACGGCAACACGGAGAUCGGGCUCAACACCGUCUUGUCGCAAGGUGACAGGCAAUUUCUUAUGGAAUUAUAUCCUGCCGAUCCUGAGCCAAAGUAUAAGCAUAAGCACAAGCAUAAGGACAAGCCCAAGUCCAAGUUGUCGGAGCCGGUACUUGUGACCGAACCUACCACAACAACCGUUGUUAAAAGACCUCGACACAGGACCAAAGAGCAGCCCCCACCAGUCCGACUUCAGCUAGUGAAUGAAGUUGUGGAAGGCGUCCACGUCGGGAUCGGCAGCACUGCCAGGUACGUAAAGUGAAAUUCCACGAUUAUGGUCAUCACCGGCAGUCUUUCAGUGCAAUAUUCUUAUGAAGUUGCUCUGUUACAUACGUGGGCAUGUAUUGGGGGCGAAAUUUGUCAAGAAGAGGUCCGGCAAAGAAUAGUAACAUGAGGUAAAUGAGUUGUCGGUACCGCCUAUCUAAGCAGAUUUUUGAAAUAAUUAUUUAAAUUAGGUUAGAAGGUAGUUUAUUAUCAUUUCCGGAAGUUGGUUAUCCCUUAUGUUAGGUAGGUACUUAGGAGGUAGGUAGUUUAGUUGUUUCAUUCCACAAUUUUCUAUACUAUAGUUGCAACGUUAUACUCGAGGAUCCGGUAUGUGCACCGCGCUUUCGAGCUGCUAUGAGACCAAAUGAAAACUCCUGUCUGCGGAAUACUUCUCAAGGCAUUGUUACUUUUCUUUAAAUCCGGA